UCGCCGCGCUGGGGACCGGAGCGGACCCGCAGGGAUCGGCACCCGCCCGCUUCGAGAGCCGAGCUGAGCCCCUCGCCGCCCACCGCCCGCCACCCGGUCCGGCCGUCCCGCUGCGUCGUUGCGGAGCGAGCCGCUCUCCAGCACCCGAGUCCCAGGUCUCUCCUGCAGAUGGCUUCAGUGACUGAUAGUAAAGCUGGAGUCAAAGAUGCCUCCGACCAGAAUUUUGACUACAUGUUCAAACUGCUCAUCAUCGGCAACAGCAGUGUUGGCAAAACCUCCUUCCUCUUCCGCUAUGCUGAUGACACCUUCACCCCAGCCUUCGUCAGCACUGUCGGCAUCGACUUCAAGGUGAAGACAGUCUACCGCCAUGAGAAGCGAGUGAAGCUGCAGAUCUGGGACACAGCUGGGCAGGAGCGGUACCGGACCAUCACCACAGCCUAUUACCGUGGGGCCAUGGGCUUCAUUCUGAUGUAUGAUAUCACCAAUGAGGAGUCCUUCAAUGCUGUCCAAGAUUGGGCCACUCAGAUCAAGACCUACUCCUGGGACAAUGCACAGGUUAUCCUGGUGGGAAACAAGUGUGACAUGGAGGAAGAAAGGGUUGUUCCCACUGAGAAGGGCCGGCUCCUCGCAGAGCAGCUUGGGUUUGACUUCUUUGAAGCCAGUGCCAAGGAGAAUAUCAGCGUGAGGCAGGCCUUCGAGCGCCUGGUGGAUGCCAUUUGUGACAAGAUGUCUGAUUCGCUGGACACAGACCCCUCCGUGCUGGGUGCCUCCAAGAACACCCGUCUCUCAGACACCCCACCACUGCUGCAGCAGAGCUGCUCAUGCUAGGCCAGGCAAACCCUCCUGAUCUCUCCUCAUGGUGGCCCUAUACCCACUCUGCUUCCCCUGUUACAUUCUGUCCAUCCCCAGCCCCAAGCCAGCUGUGUCGCUGCUGUUCUUUGCCUGGAGCAGAGGUGAAGGCAGGCCCCAGGGGUUCUCUGCAGAUGGCCACUUACAGACACUCAGCGCUAGACUAACAUCCAGGUUGCAACAUGGGUGGAGAUUCACUUCACAAAAGAAGACGCCAUUUUCCAAAGGGGAUUCACUACAGGGACUUGGAAGAUGAAUCUCUUAGAUUUCCCUCAUUUACCAAAAUCUGACACACAUAUACCUUUCAGGGACUGGCCAACUGUGUAAAGUGAGGCCCACUGGCACAGGUAAUCCUAUUAAAGAAAAGCUCCCCUUACACAACAUGCCUGUUUCAUAUCAGGCUCCCCUGUGGAGCUUCCUCACACUGCAAGUCAAGCUUCGCUCUCAAAGUCCUGUGUCUGUCGCUGCAGAUGCCCACGGGGCCUGGGCAGUUGCUGUGGUGACAGGCCAGGGCUAAUCUCCAGAGAGCUCUCUAAUGAUACCAAAGGACCAAAGGCUGAGUCAGAAACACACUUAAAAGGAAAAGAUUAUCCCCUGCAAAAUGUCAAAGGUUCCUGCUAUAUGAAAGAGCAAGGUAGGGAGUGCAAGAAGAAAAAAAGAAAAAAAAAAACACAGGCAAGAUAGAGAAACAGGUCAUGAAUUUCUGAUGUGGCUGCUUUCCAGCUGGUUCUAAACUAUGGGAACUCGAUGAAAUUAGUCACCAGCUCUUAAAUUCCAAGAAUCUAAAAAAUUGAGAGUUGGUAGUGGCCCACAUUUGACCUGGUCUGACUAGCUAAUUCCAAUCCCUAUCUCUGAUAGGUGGCUGUCAGGCCUCACAACCGAAAUCUCUUCCUCUAAAGCACACACUCUGGCCAGGGACGGGAGCUCAUUAUUCACACCAUCUUUGGAUAGCUCUCAUAAUCUGAAGGUUUUCCUUGUUUUAAGCUGAAACCUGCCUCCUCAAAGUUCUUCCUUUUCUCACUCAAUUUUUGUACUAGCUCUGCUGUCAGAGACCUCGCAGAGUCUGCUCCCACUGCCCCAUGACACACUUAGGGGACUUGAAAACAGAAAUCAUGAUUCCUGGGAUCUGCCUUUUCUCUAAGUCAAAUAGCUCUGGUCCCUUUUGCCAUCGUCCAUAGGGUCUUUUCCUCAUCCUGCCCUUUCUCCCAGCCCAUCUUCCAGUCACUCCCAAGUAGUCCCACUGGGAAAUGUGAUUCAAAGCAGAAUAAAUCUAGAGUCGGGGGGCGAGGUACAUGACCCUGAAAAAAAUGGGGAAGCUAAAUUCAAAUGUUUCAAUCCCAAACUCAUACUCUCCUGAGAGUGAAACCUUAGUUUUCACCAAAAAGCAGAUGUGAAACGACUCCCGGAGGAAGCCGCUUAAACAGUGGAAGAAAAAAACCAAAAUACACAAAAUCCUCUGACACUAGAAACAAACUGAAUGGAUUAACUCAUGAUUCUAGCUUGUUUGUGGACACUGCACGUUUGUUUUUUAGCUGAAACAAUGACAUGGAACUAAGUGAUAAUUUCUGAAAAUCCUUUCUCCCAACUCUGGCCUGAAUCUGCAGUUUCCCCCUGCACUAACAUGCCACUUCAGAAGUCAGUGAAGGAGCAGGGAAAGUCUCUCCCAAGCUUUCCCUUCAUUUUAAAUGCAGCUCAUUGUUCUAGAAAAGCACAUUAACUAGCAACAGGUUCAAGGACUACAUCAAAGGGCCCUCCGGAGACAGCCCUAUGGUGAUGGUGCUUUCCCUGAUGCAGUGCAGAGGAUGGAACUUCGAUCUUGGAAUCAGGAGACCUGGACUCUCCCUUAAAUCAAGUGUGACGCUGGGACCAGUUACUAACUCCUCAUCUCUGAGUUUUGUUUUUUCACUUAUAAAAUGAGGGAGGUAUUUGGAUAAUCUUUAACGUCCCUUCUGGCACUAAUAACUCUGAUUCUUUUUCACCUUCCUUCAUGAUUUCAGUGGAUCUGCAAAAUAAACCUGAGACCUGAGGAUUAUCACCCCAAUGUCACAUUGCAGCUAACAAUGACAUUGUCAUUGCGUGAUGUCACGCUUCCUCUGUACUGGGCAUUGUUUGAAGCACUUUACAUGUACUAAUUUAUCUUCCCACUAUUUUUGUGACGGAGGCACUAUAAUCAAACUCAUUAAAAGAUGAGGAAAUUAAGGUACAAAGAGAUUCUUUAGCUUACCUAACAUCAUAUAAUGAGUAAAUGAUAGAAAAUGGAUUCAACCCCAGGUGGUAGGCUUCAAAAUUUGUGCUCUUCACCACAUUCUGUACUACAUUUCUUAUAGAUAAACUAUGAUCCAAAAAAGUUAAAAGACUUGGCCAAGAUCACACAGCUAGCAAGUGUUAGAGCCACAUUAGGAUUCAAUCCCAAGGCCAACAGAUUUCUGGUCCACUAGAGAAAGGACUUACGUCCUUUCUCUAAUCUGUUAACACAUUGCCCAGUGAUUCAGUCUUUCAGGCAACCAGAUCCCAUGAGGUUAAGGAAAAAAUGCCCAGUGCUUCUCAGGCCCAGGCACUGGCUUUCCCUGCACCUGCCUCUGUCAGGCAAUUCUUACCAGCUUUCCAGCAGGCCUUUGAGCAGCCUCCCUGCUCCAGCAAUGGGGCAUUUUAGAUUAGUGACUUGAUCAGCUUCUCUGACCAUGUAAGAACAUGGUCUCACAGAGUAGUCAUUCUGGCUGUGCUUUUUACACUGUAAAGUCCCAUACAAGUCAGGGAUAACUACUAUUUUUCUGGAUAGUAACAUUCAUGCACCCCAGUAUAAGGAUUUCAGACUGAGCUCCUCAUGACCCCUGGAUCUUUUAGUACAUAUAUCAAAUAAUCUUUUCUCUCCUACUGAAUAGCCUUGCAAAGGCUGAAAAUUUUAUUUAAAAACUGUCGAAUUCUGUAAAACUCAGGAGCUGGUUCAAGGGAGCAGGCAUCCUUAAAACAGAGGGAAUCAAGAGUUAAAUGUAAUAGUGGCAAACGCUUUUACUGGUGACAGGCAAAUAGACCUGUUUAUUCGAUGGCAAUUCUCCAGCCCUGCUCUGUGACCUGGUUUAUGCUAAGUGGAAGGCAGCAGCUUCCAGCUGAUUGCAGCGCAAUGUUCAUCAAUCACAGUAAUAGCACAGUUAGCCACCAAGGCUCAAGCUGCAUGGUAUGUGUUAGCGGCAACCUAUCCCAGUUUUCACCUUGUUUAACAAUCCAAAUAAAAGAAUUUAAAAAAAAACCCUCUUGACCUCUAAAGAAGCAAAAGUAGGCCAAAAGUGCAAUACAGUAUUGUAACUAUUUAUAGAAUCUGUUUUAAAUGCAUGUGUAUCUGUAAAUACAAAGUGAUUCAUGAUUUACCAUUGUCUCCUUAGUGUGCAGCAUCAUUAACUUCUAGAAGCAGCAAGAGGGUAGAGUGUACUGAGUGGUCACAGACUCAUCAAAUAUUAGAUAUGGAAGGAAGCUCAGAGAAAAUCUUACCCACACUCCUUGUUUUAUUAAAAGGAAGACUGAGGUGCAGGGAGAGGGAGGAAGUGUCCUAAGGGGACUUUGAGAGUACAUUUACGAUGGGGCCAGAAGUAGGGCUUAGAUCACCUCUGGCUAAAAAAUUUACCUUUUCUGCAUAUAUCUAUUGUGGGCCUGGCACUAUUAAAUAUUAGAUAAAUAUAGAUGAAGACAAAUGAUCCCUGCCUGCAAAGUUCCUAUAGUUGAACAGAGGUGUUUCUGAGACAUUAUGCCAACUUGGCAGGCAAGGAAACAUAGCCUUGGAAAAGUUAACAUGCCUAAGUCACCCACUAGGAUCAUUUGAACCUGCCCCUGUCUGACUCAUGCUCUUUCAAUGUUCCUCUUCAGUUUGUCUCAGAUGAAGGAUAGAUGGGGUGCUGGUAAUGACACACUCUCAAGGACUGUCAGAGUUCAUUAAAUAACCUCGGUGAGACAUUGGUUUCACAAUUGCUUUCUGACUGCAGCCUUGUAACAUCCACAGAAGAUGAAUAUCCUCCAGACCAUACUCUUCCAGUCACAUCCCCUGCUCCUGCCCCAAAGCUCUCCCUGGGUAUCAAGUUUCCUAGAGCAUCUUGAAGAAUGUAUGUUUAUUUGCCAAGAGUUCAGGA